AUGCACCAUUUAUCUCAGCUAAUCCGAAUACAGAGCCACAAUGCUUGGAAUAACAUUCUAUCUGGCAUUCGAACUGGAAUCGGGCUACCAAUGGUCACACCAGACGAGAAUGCGAUCCGGAAUAGUGUUCAGAACACCCUACAGAAUGAAAUUCGAAAGCUGCGCAAGGGAUGUGGUUCGAAAUUGGCUAAAAUAAAGGCAUUGUGUGGAGAGAUUGUUGCUCUGGAAGAGACGAUAGCCGACAGGGAAAGACAGCUCGGAAUUCUGUCGUCCGUCAGCGCUCCCAUCCGCCGACUCCCUACGGAGCUGCUAACGAGGAUCUUCCGGUUCACAUUGCCCAGUGGGAACAUCCAGCCCGCAAUUUUCAAAUCCCCACUGGCUCUUUGUGGCGUCUCCAAACUUUGGCGGGACGCAGUCGUGAAUGACCCUCAAAUGUGGUCGCAAAUCUGGUGUCAUUUUCCCACCUGUGAAUCUGCCCCCAGCAAGGAAUACGACAAGAUUUUGCAGAGAAUCGAAUGCUUCUCUUGUCGGUCGGGUACUACUGCGCUUACCAUCGAAAUAUUCGAAAACUCCUCCAUCACAUUUGAUAAUCGAGCACGAAUCGCAAAGCAGCUGGAAACACUUUAUCCAAGAUGUCGCGCACUGAAGUUUGAAAUCAAAGGCGCAUGGGAGCAUUCAAUCCUACAGGAUAUCCCUUUGAAUGCAUUUUCAAGCCUGGAAAGUCUAUACCUGGAUCGCGCCGGGAAUCCUAACACUUCCGAAAUACAGCUUUUCUCCAAUUCUCCUCUUCGGCAUUACGGGUUAUACCUAUUUACCGCCCUGGACCUCAUAAAUAUUUCAAUUCCACACCACCGUCUCGAAACCCUCGACCUCAUCAUGUCAGUCAGUGGAGACAACUCACUUCGGGACACCGUUCAAAGCUGGCGGUCCUAUAUGUAUUUAUGCUGCAAUCUCCGUGCAGCAAACAUCGAGGUAGAUGUUUGGCAAAGGUGGGGAGCGAAGUUCGAUGACGGCAUGAUCUGGGAUUUUCCAUCCGUCCCUACUCCAACAACUUCCCUCACGCAGCUCACUUUAAAGAUUGGCUGCGACGCAAAUGUUUCCACCCUCCUGCGAGGGAUGGACUUUCCCGCCCUCGAAUUACUGCAUCUCGGAUGUAAAGGAUUCGUGACCGCAGCAGAAGUGUCCCUCGUCCCAGAAGGUGCAGACUUGGCAGAUACCGUCGAGCGCGACAUGCCAUACAUCAGAAAACUCACCACACUGUGCCUGUCUGGAUUGAAGAUUCGCAAGGAGGAUCUCCGUACGCUCCUCUGCUUGACGCAAUGUCUUGAGCGUUUGUGUGUGUUCGAGAUGUGGGAAGAAGCGGUCCAGGAGUCACCCGACCUUGUUUCGUUCUUGUCCAUGGACGAGCACGAGAGCGAAGAAGGGUUCAGUCCUCCACUUCCACGCUUGCGUGUUUUGGCCCUGUAUUCUGGCCCACGGCCGCGGUUGCUGGCCAAGUCGAAACCCAUGCCGCAUUCUGCAUACGCAAAUUUAGCACGCUCCCGCUACAUGUGGAUCAAGGAAUCACGGAUGACUGCAGGAAGCGAGUCCGCAACCGAGUCAGGAGAUCAGGCAGGAAGCACAUCUCUUCCGUUCAAGUUCGUCUUCACAGUGCAGAAUGAUAAGGACACCAAGGACUAUUACAAAACCAUCAAGGAGUCAAUGGAGGACGCGUUUCAGGACCUUCCUUGCGGAGUUCUGCAAGUAAAUUGUGCAUCCAACCUGCAUCGCAAUGCUCCUCUUCCUGAAGGAUUUUAG